AUGGCUACUGUGACACCAAACGUGUGGGUUGCUGCCAGUGAUGGCAAGAUUGACGUUGUGCUUAAACACUUGGAAGCUGGCGUUUCUCCCAAUGUGCUCGAUGAAAACGGAUACACUCCUAUGCAUGCAGCUGCGUCGUAUGGCCACAAGGAGCUGCUGAAACUUUUGGUUGAACGCGGUGGAAAUGUGAACGUUUGCGACAACGACGGAGAAACACCAUUGUUUGUUUGUGAGACAGUCCCCAUGGCACAGAUGUUGGUUGAAGAACUGAACGCGGAUCCAUUGGUGAAGAAUGCUGAAGGACUGGUUGCUGCCCAAGUUAUUGAAUCCAAUGGUGAAUUUCCCGAUGUCGCCAGUUACUUGUACAAGGCCACAGGUAUGCAGCCAUCGAACCCACAAAUGCCAGAAAACACGGAGAUGAAGUAUGCAAAGUUCAUGACUCCAACCGAGAUGGAAGGAAUCGACGCUCAACCGCUGUUGGACGAGAACGCCAAGCAAGACAUUCAACGUAUUCUCGAGCUUGGUCAAAGCUCAGAAGAGACGGACGCUCAACUGCGUAAACUGCUUGAAAAUGCUCUUUCUGGUCGGUUCGGACGAAACGUUCGUUCACGCGAAGAGUAA